UUCUUGAUAUUUGGCCAUGGCAAAGCCAUUCAUCGGAUGGAUCUUGAUGGGAAAAACCAAAGGCGGCUUGUGGCUGGGGUGGGAAGCUCUAUCCUUCUCGACUAUGACUUCAGAGAUGAGAGAGUUUACUGGGCGGACCAACACACAGGGGUCAUCUACAAAGCAUCAGCAAGAGGAGCACAUAGACAGAAACUGUACUCAUCUGACAAAAAUAUCUCGGGCCUUGCAGUGGACUGGAUUUCAAACAGCGUAUACUGGACAAGUGGAGAAAAGGGAAAAAUCAAGAGAAUGGAUUUAAACGGGAAAAAUGAAAGAACUCUUUUAAGACACCUAACCCAACCCAGUUCUAUUACUGUCGACCCAACUAGAAGGUUUCUGUUUUGGCUGUCUGGUGGGAUAACUCCAAGUAUCCAGCGGUCUGACCUGACAGGACAGAGGAAAACUAUGCUUAUUAAAAUGGCAGAACAACUGAAAGCACUGACAGUUGACCGUGAAGACAAAAGACUUUUCUGGGUUCAGUUCGGUCUGCAAGGAGAAAGUGCCAUUGCCUCUUGUGAUUACAACGGGAACGUCCUGCACAUCAUGGAUCAGCCACUUCGGGCUCAGUCACUUGGGAUAUCUAUUUUUCUGGAGCACUUAUACUACACUGAUGCUACAUCUCGGAUUAUAAAACAAUUAGAUAAGAACACUGGUGGAGAAUCACUGAGUGUUAACAUUAAACCAAUGGGAAAACCCCCGGUGGAUAUAAAGGUCGUACAUCCCCUCAACCAACCAAUGGGAGACUCCCAAUCAACAUUUCCAGGUUGCAAUGAACAGAGUGGAAAUUGUGUAAACGUGUGUUCAAGUCUGGCCCAGCAAGGGACCUGCAAGUGCAACGAGGGCUUUGCUCUCAGCAAGCAAGGAACUCAUUGUGAAGAUGUGAAUGAAUGUGCCCACUGGAACCAUGGCUGCUCUCUUGGCUGUGAAAACAUCCCAGGCUCAUAUUUCUGUACCUGCCCUCAAGGAUACGCCCUCCUACCUGACAGGAAGACAUGUCAAGAGAUCACAGCGUGCGAAAGUAACAUCACCAAGUGUGGCCAUGGAUGCCUGAUCACAGACGAGGGUGCUGUCUGUGUGUGUCCUGACGGGUCUAUACUGCAGGAGGAUGGACAGGCUUGUACCGGCUGCUCAUCCCCAGACAACGGGGGUUGCAGUCAGAUGUGCACACCUGUGACCCCGAGUAGGUGGCAGUGUAGCUGUCUACCAGGCUAUCAGCUCCACCAAGACAGCAAGCGCUGCAUUGCCUCAGGACCACCGCCUUAUCUACUAGUUGCCAAUCUAGUGGAUGUGAGACAAAUUCAUCCCGAUGGCUCUGGGGAUCGAACCCUUGUCCAGGAUCCCAGAGGAACAAUUAUUGCUUUGGACUACGACCCGAUUCAGAAUCAUGUGUACUUUGCAAGCACAAGGCAGAAGACGAUUGAGCGUGUUGAUUUGAACGACGGGUCAAGAGACGUUCUUGUGUCUGAUGGUUUGGACUCUCCUGAAGGACUGGCUUUGGACUGGGUCCACCGCAGGAUGUACUGGACUGAUAAAAGCCAGGCAACGGUCGACUGCAGUAACUUGGCUGGACUUAACAGGCAAACUCUUGUAAGCAAAGGGCUGGAGGAACCAAGAGGAAUUGUAGUUCAUCCUUUGGCAAAGAAGCUGUUCUGGACUGAUAUGGGGGCCCAGCCUGUUGUGGAGAGUGCCUCAUUGGAAGGGACUGACCGUGUUGUCAUUGCUAGCACCAACCUUGUAUCACCAACCGGCCUGACCAUCGAUUUCACCGAUGAUCAUCUCUUCUGGUGUGACCAGAGGAGGGGUUUGGUGGAGACCGCUGCCCUGGAUGGCUCUGAUCGUCGGGUCCUGUUAGAGAACCAAGUAGGUCGACCUUUUGACCUUGCAGUGUUUGAAGACAAGUUGUGGAUAUCUGAUUGGGAGCACCGGCAGCUGAGGAGCGUACACAAGCGUACUGGGAAGAACCUGCAGCGUAUCCACGUCAACAUGGUCCAACCAGCAUCCGUCGUGGUGGUUCAUCCUCUUUCUAAACCAGGUGCCGACGUUUGCCUCCACCUCAAUGGAGGUUGUGCCCAAGUGUGUGAAAGCAAGCUGGGAUUGGCCCACUGCUCCUGCCUAUCACGCUACGUCCUAUCAGCAGAUGGAAAGAGCUGUUCGCCUGCCGACGCCUCCAACAAGACAGCAGAAUCUGGAGACGGAGAAUCCAACGAUUUAGCGUCCCUCAAAAAUAAAACAUUCAACGAUGAGAGCACACCUGGACAGUCAGACUCUGAUGUGAGCAGUGAGCCAGCUCUCUACACGGACAAGAUGGUUUCAGACCAGAAUGAGUGCUACUCAUUGCGCUGUGAUGUAAACGCACAGUGCCUGCUCAUUGCUGGCAGCCCAACCUGCUCGUGUGUGGAGGGUUUUGCAGGUGAUGGCCAGUUAUGUGUGGAUAUCGAUGAGUGUAAACAGGGAACGCACACCUGUGGCAAAAACGCAGAGUGCCAAAAUAACCUUGGAAGGUAUCAAUGCAAGUGCCAAGCUGGAUACCACGGCAACGGGAAGUCAUGUCAAGGUUUGGAGACCACAUCGCCGUCGGUGACGACCGGGAGCCCUGCUGAUGUCACCACCCUGCACCACAACAGUAACUCAGUCGAGAGUUGCCCCUCCACCCACGAGUCCUACUGCCUGUACGAGGGCGUCUGCUUCUACUUUCCUGAAAUGGAGUCCUACGCUUGCAACUGUGUGUCAGGCUACUUGGGCGAGCGUUGUCAGUUCAGUGACCUGGAGUGGUGGGAGCUCCAACAGGCCGAAGAGGAGAAGAGAAGAAAUGUAGUCAUCGCCGCCUGCAUGGUGGCCCUGGUAUCCCUGCUCUCCAUCGCUGCCUGCGUCACCUACUGCUUUGGAACGAGAAAGUUCUUCCACAAACAACCCUCGGUGGAUAACGUGAGCGAGACCAGCGUGACGGAUGAGAGCUCGUCAGAGAGCACCACCACCAGCGUGCCCCGGUUCUACAUGGUGGUAGAAAGCGGGUUGGAGGGAAUGGUCAUCCCUGUGGGCUGUCCCAGGAGAGCUGUCUGUCCCUCCUGCUCCUCAGAGACAGCUGACAAUGAUGUGACUGAAGAGUCAGGAACAUUUUCCAAACACAACCAAGGGUACGAGUGCUCAAUGGUGUCAGCGGUUGCCAUGGAGACCACGGACCCCACUGCCCUUCACUCUAGUAGUCCAUCAUUGACGAGCUCAUUCACCUGCACGACUUUCAAGCCACCGCUGACUCUCUCACAGACACCCAGCCCCGAGACCCCCGCCGCCUCCUAGGUCUUCUCAGUGAGGCCGACGCAAAAACAUAAACACAUUAAAAAAACUAGGGUUGUCUCCAUACCAGAAUUGUUUUGUGAAUAUGUAAAUGAUGUCGUUCAAUGUUUCGAUGCCACAACGACAAAAACGACUUGGUUUUAUCAGUCUCUC